UUGGAAUUGGUAUCAUUCAGUCGAUCAGAAAAAUCAAAACUAUAGGAAGUUCUCGGUGAGACGAAUCUUGAUUAAAGGUUGAAUCAAAUGGGUCUAUAAUCCUUGAUUCUAAAAUCGUGUUUCAAUAAUUUAUUUUACAUCCAAAUCAAAGCUCUACAUCUAAAUCACCAAUGAGUUUGCAUAAAAUACUCAGUUGCACAUGCCAGUAAUUGAAUAUUAAUAGAUUAAUAUCACAAUGGAUAGUUGUGGUGCUGAUUGUUGGCACCCAAAGUUUUUACGGAGAUUCGCGAACCUACGAUGGUUCAUGAUUGUGUACGGUAUAUUGGGAACCGUUCAGUCGGCCAGCACUUUGUAUUUCGCUCUCACAUUAACAACCAUUGAAAAACGUUUUAAAAUACCCAGCCAAACAACAGGAAUCAUGUUGAGUGGCAAUGAGAUAUCACAAAUAAUGUUGUCAUUAUUUCUAACGUAUUUCGGUGGCCAACAAAAUCGACCAAGGUGGAUAGCAUGGGGUGUUGUUUUAGGUGCACUGUCAUGUUAUAUGUUGGCACUGCCACACUAUAUUUAUGGAGCGGGAGAAGAUGCACUCUUUUUAACCAAAGAAUACAUCUACGAUCGGAACGUUUCAAAUCCUCUUCAGUCUAGACCGAUUGAAAACACAAAUAGCAAAUUUUGUUCGAAUAAUUCGAGACAACAUGAUGACUGUGAGGAAGGGCAUGAAGUAUUCACCUAUUUGCCGUUGGUUUUAAUAUUUAUGUCACAAUUUGUGCUUGGAAUUGGCAACACUUUGUAUUUUUCGCUUGGUCAAUCGUACUUAGACGACAAUACUAAGCAACGGAACACUCCUCUAAUGUUGGGAUACGCAUUUGGAAUGCGUAUGUGUGGUCCAUUAAUUGGGUUCGCUUUGUCCUAUUUUAUAAUGAACGUUUACAUAGACCCGCGAUAUACGCCAACUAUUCAAAGAAAUAGUCCGCAGUGGCUUGGAGCCUAUUGGCUCGGGUGGAAUUUGUUUGGUACACUCCAGUUGCUAAUUGCUAUUUUAAUUGGAUUAUUCCCAAAACAUUUACCGAAAAGGAAAAAGAUGAAAGUCAAAAAUGGGAGUGACGAUGAAAAAGGAGGUUAUCAUAGUGGCGUUGUCACAGAGAGAAACGAUGAUGCGCACGAGAAAGUUGAAUGGAAAAAUUUCCCAGCCGCGUUGAUGCGUUUAUUGAAAAAUAAGUUAAUAAUUUUCAACAAUAUUGCGGCCAUAUUCUACAUUCUCAGUGCGACCAUCUACAUCACAUUUAUAGGCCGCGUAAUGGAGGUUCAAUUCAAUACAUCCGCUCAUGGCGGAUCGAUCCUUACUGGACCAGCUACCAUUUUCGGAAUCACAGUUGGAAUCUUAUCAUCUGGCUACAUUAUAUCGAAAUACAAACCGCCACCAAAAUACCUCUUCCUGUGGAAUGCGAUAAUUGCAUUGAUCUCAACUUCUUCGCAAAUAGUGUACACACAAAUUGGAUGCAAUGGUGAUGCAUCGUUAGUAGUUAAUGGAACAAUGUCUUCAUGUAACACUAAUUGCAAGUGUGACGAUAUUCCGUAUAGUCCUGUGUGUGAUCAAACUGCCGGUAUCACAUACUUUUCGCCGUGCCACGCUGGAUGCAAAGCAUUCGACAAAGAAGCUAAUUUGUAUACAGAUUGCUCAUGCUCGGAUUACGAUGCAUACAACGAAACGAUUAAAGGAUCAAAUCUGUUUAUAUCGCCAGGACUUCAUGAUGGUUCUAUCGAUGCGCAUGGUCUACAUAAUACAUACGAUAAUAGUCAAUACGAUCAAGAUAAUGUUGCAACAGGAGAGUCAGUCAAACGAAAUUUUCAACAGACGCAACGAAUUGUUGCACCUUCCUCGUGUUCAAGUGACUGUAAGUCCGGCUACUAUAUUUUCGCAAUAGUUUCAAGUAUCUCUGGUCUUAUCGGCUCAACAGGAAGAAUCGGAAACGUUCUACUCAGUUUCCGUGCCGUAGAGAAACGAGAUAAAUCGUUUUCUCAGGGAUUAUCGCUCUUUGCGAUAAGUCUGUUCGCCCUAAUACCCGGUCCAAUCAUUUACGGUCGUCUCAUUGACAACACGUGCAUGAUUUGGAAUUACAAAUGUGGAAGAAGAGGCGACUGCCAACUGUACAACCCAAUCCAAUUCCGCCAACAUUUACAUGCAGCAUCUGCACUCUUUCUUUUCCUGGCUUUUUUGUUCGACCUAUUGGUGUGGCACUAUGGCAAAAAUUUAGACCUGUACGGCGAUGAUGACACGAAGAAGGAAAUUGAAAAGGUGACAGUAGAUGAUGAGUCGGCCGAAAGUCAACCGCUCAACAAACUCAAUGUCAAUUAGAUGUAUUAUUGAUCCAUGUCACUUCAAGGCGAAUUUUUUUCAUGCUUCGGGACCGAAAAUGAGGGCAAUGUUUGGGUUUUUUUCUGGUUUUCGCCCCUAUUGCAUGAAUACAUGUGUAACUGUUUAGGACGAUUGAUCUGAGACCACUUUCGCUUUUAGACCUCGCUCUGAUCGCGAAAUUACCUCAAAUCAAUCACUCAAAGCAAGUCCACAAAUAACUAUUCCUGAACGUCCAGGCCCAUAGAGUUACACUCUGUGGCCAGGCCUCAACUAUCGCAUUAUUGUACUAAGUUACUAACACACACACCUCACACAAUAACCCAUUUAACAGAAGGCUCAGUGAAAUCUCGCAUUCGCAACCUACUUUUCAGAAAAACCCUGUGGUCGUUUCACCUAAAUUCAAUGCUGUCUAGAAUAAGUCAUAGCUUUGUUCAGUUAGUUAAGUAAGUAAGUUAUUUUCCGUUUUGGCAAUUUAUACAGCCAGAAUCUAAAAAAA